AAUUGUAGCCACGUUUAUAGACUCUUAGAUUCCCUACAUGCCUAUAAAAGGCAAUGCUCCUGGCAUGAUAUUAUAUCACUCAUCAAACCAAGAACUCAUAUAUAGCUAUAUAUUUGAAUUCUGAGAACAGAGAAACAAUAGCUUCAAUGGCAAUGACAAUCCUUCAAGUGUUGUUGCCAAUCCUUCUGGCGAUGGUGGCAGGCAUAGCAGCUGCUCCUCCUGCUGGAGAACCCUAUAAUUACAAAUAUGGGUAUGCAACCUGCAACAUAAAGAAGUACAAGUAUUGCUAUAAUUUGCCACAAGAGUGCCCUGCAUCUUGCCCUGGUAGAUGUAAAGUGAAUUGUGCCACCUGCAAACCUGUUUGUAUUCCGAAAGAGAAAGCAAAAUGCAAGAACAAAAAAUUCCCAAGAUGUUACAACACGGAACAUGUUUGCCCUGCUGCAUGCCCUGGUCCCUGUGAGGUUGAUUGCAACACUUGCAAACCAGUUUGCCAUUGUGACAGACCAGGAGCUGUUUGCCAAGACCCUCGUUUCAUCGGUGGUGAUGGAAUCACAUUUUACUUCCACGGCAAGAAAGACAGCAACUUCUGCCUGGUAUCCGACCCAAACCUCCACAUAAACGCACACUUCAUCGGCAGAAGAAACCACAACAUGAAGAGGGACUUCACCUGGGUCCAAUCCAUCGCUAUCCUCUUCGACCACCACCAACUCUUUGUCGGUGCUGAGAAAACCGCCACAUGGGAAGACUCCAACGACCGCCUCGCCCUCUCCUUCGACGGUGAGCCCAUCACCCUCCACAAAUCAGAAGGCGCCAUGUGGAAAUCCUCCGGCGUGUCCAUUCACAGAGAUGCUGACACAAACAGCAUUGUUGUUGAGGUUGAAGGAAAGUUCAGGAUGACAUCGAAGGUUAUCCCUAUAACUGAAGAGGAGUCGAGGAUUCACAGAUAUGGGAUUACUGAAGAGGACUGUUUUGCUCACCUUGAUGUUGGGUUCAGGUUCUUCUCUUUGAGCAGUGAAGUGAGUGGUGUGUUGGGACAAACAUACAAGCCUGAUUAUGUGAGCCGUGUGAAUGUUGGAGCGAAAAUGCCUGUGAUGGGUGGUGCAGGGAAAGAGUUUCAAACUACCAGCUUGUUCACCCCUGACUGUUCUGUUGCUCGCUUUGUUGGAUCCAACAAUGAUGAGGUUGUGACUUUGGAGAUGCCUGCGAUGAACUGCGUGAGUGGAAUUGAUGGACAAGGAGUUGUCUGCAGGAGAUAAUUUCAUUGUUUAUCAGGAAGGUGACAGAAGUGUGUCAAGUGAUCAAUUUUUAUUUUUAUGUCUAAUGAUGAUUAUGAUGAAAUCAUCAAAUAAUUCUUGGUGGUGUAUGUCACUGCCUCAAAUUAUGUCUUUGUGAUGCUGUAUCACAAAACAUAACAUAUAUAUUAUAUUUGCAUGAAUAAAAAAAAAACAUUUAUAUGUACCCUAUAAGAAUGCAAUGCAAUAUCAGAUGUAAACAGUACCUUAAUCAACAAACGUAGCAAAAUUG